UCUCUUGUCUGUUGUUCUUUCUGCAACAAAAUAACAAAAGAUCGAUUUCUUACUUUUUGUAUUAAAACUCAAUAUUUUUCACAUAAAUUAAAAUUCUUAUCAAUUAUAAUAAAAAAAAACAACAAUGUCCCAUUAAAAGAUGAUUACAAGAAAUUAAUCAAAGUGGACAAGUACCACUUCGACAAAUUUAGAAAAUUAUGUUUACUUUCUUCAAUUUAAUCGAAUUGUGUUAGUCCUUCCUUAAAUCAUAACAAUAUUCUUUUUGUUAAACUGUUGCAUAAAAUAUUAAGAAUGUUCAAUUAAUUCUAUAACAGAACAAUAUAAGUUUAUGAACCAACUUAUUACUAUUGCUAAAGAGUAAUAACAUACAAAAGAGUGAUCAAAGUCCUUCCUAUGGAUACGAUUCGAGUAAACAAUUAUUUUGAGAGCAGACAACAUCAAACAUCAAAAAUGGAAAAACUUUCGGGUGUUAUGAUCAUUAUUAUCAUCGGUGGGGGAGUCUUAACUUUUAUCAUGUUGUUUAUAUUUGCCAAACGACAAAUUAUGAGAUUCACAUUGAGAUCAAGGCGUGGGCCUCAUGUUCCAGUAGGAAAUGAUGCAAAAAAGGGUAUCCGAAGAGAGAUAGAGCGUCGACUCGAUUGUAUACAAAAGAUAGCUCACGAACCCAAACUAUUGUGGGACGAUGAUAAAUAUAUCCUUAAACCAGAUCAACCAUUGCCACCUUACUAUUAUCGUAUGAAGGCUGUUGAUGAUAUCAAAAUCCUUGAAAAAGAAAUAGCCAGAUGCGAUGGAAGUGUUCGUCAUCCGUACGACAGUUUGAGAGCAUUCCUUCUGACUACUCUGGCCUCAACAUCUCUUAAUGGUUCUGGACAACGAUUGAUCCAUCAAUUCUGCGAUAUGUACGAGCAUGCUCGUCAUGAUCCCAAUGACUUCGGCAGUGAAGAAUACGAGGCCUACCACAGGCUGCUAUUGAAGCUCCUCGACGCUGCAAAACAAUUGAAAUCCUUUUCAAAUAGCCGCAAAACUUCACCCUCCCGUACACCAAAAAAACAAACUAAAAUGCAUUCCCUCUUAGAUCCAUCCCGUUUGCGUCCACCUCCGCUCAGCACGGAUCCUAAUUCAACGGUAGUUGUGGGAGGCAGCGAACUAAGUGGUCAACACUCUAAAGUCAAUCUAACAUUAGGCCUGCAUUCACAUCAUAUUCAAGAUCAAGACCAAGAACGAGAGAAUGUACGAAAUCGCAAUAGAAAUAUUCCACCUAGUAGCGGCAGCGGCGGUGAUGAAAACGAAAUUUUAAGCGUAAGCGUAUCAACCUAUCACGAUAAUAGUUCAAGCGUUGUAUGAUUGCGAUUGAGGGAGAUUUUUCAGCGUAUCUCCUUAUCACCAUCGUGGAUACCAAAGUAAAAUUUUGUGAUGCAUGUCUUGGUCUGGAAGGAAAGAGAGCGGUGUUGAUGACAUAAAGAUAUAAAUCCUAAUUGUAGUCGGACCUAUCAAUUUUAUUUUCUAAGGCCAAUAACCUAUAUUUAGGCUUAUUAGUUAUAGUAUAAAUAUUAUUAUGAAAAUAACCUAAAUGGUAUUAAAAUAUAUAGAACUUGCUGAAAGAACACAAAGAUUAA